UAACAAAACAUCCCAAAGCAAUUUACAAGAAAUCAGCUGAACUAAAAAGACUCAUAUUUCUUUUAAUUUUGUAUUACAAUUACAGGUAAAGCAACAGUUAUCAGCAGAUGCCAUUCGUUGACACUCAGCGCUCAGUAAUUUGAUUGAAAAAGAAGAACGAUGACCGAAGAAAUGGAAGCUACCUCUCUAGAGAACCGACCCGGAAUCUUCAUGAUCGGAUCUUCCAACGUUGGCAAACGGACUCUUCUCUCCCGAUUAUUAUCAGUUGAUUUUGAAGAUGCUUCUGAUUCAUCACCUGAAUUGCUUGCCCGCGCGUGGACUAUCGAUACUAAGUAUUAUACAGCUGAUGUUUCUGUAUGGAUGGCUCAUCUUCACGACGGAUUUUCCAUUAAGUCUCUCCCGAUUUAUAAUAACCUUGCUGCUUUGCUGAUGGUGUUCGACAUGAAUGAUCUAUCAUCUUUCGUUGCACUUCAGGAUUGGGUAUCUCGCAUUGAUAUUCACAAGUUUGAGAUAUUAUUAUGCAUUGGAAACAAAGUUGAUCUUAUUCCAGGUCAUCCCAUCCAUGCUGAAUAUAGAAGACGCCUAAUGAAACUCGACGAGUCUUCUUCUGAUACUUAUUCAGACUUUUCUGAAUUUGGGAUAUCUGAAACGGAAGGAAGUAGUCUAUUGGGUGGUGAGGAGCCAAAUUUGGAGAUCAAGAAGUCAUGUAUUGAGUGGUGUAGCGAGCACAAUAUUGAGUAUAUCGAAGCAUGUGCCUCUAAUGUUGAUUUUGACAAAUGUUUAUCAGCUGACGGUGAUUUACAAGGAGUUGAACGUCUAUUUGGUGCUCUUUCUGCUCAUAUGUGGCCUGGAAUGAUUUUAAAAUCUGGCAACAGCAUAACUCAGCCAACAUUUCCUAAUAAAGAAGACCUGUCGGAAGAAGACUCUGAUUAUGACUUUGAGUAUGAAGCUCUCUCUGCGGGAUCGGCUGAACCAUGGGACGACACAAAUGGAGGAUGGGUUUCUGCAAAUGGUACUAGUGCUGUUUUAGACAUAGGAGGAUUAGUUGAGCAAAAUUAUCAUGGUAGAGACCAAGGUCUUGAGGUUUGGGAAAAAUUUGAUGAGCAGCCGUCUACAUCAACGGUAGAGUUGCAGGAUGACAAAAAAGUGAUAACCAGCACAGAAGAUCCUAGCAAAAGCACAGAAACAAAUGAGGUUACGCCUUUUGAAUUUGAGGAUUUAGAUCAGUUGAUGUCUGAAAUUGGAAAUACUCGUGACAACUUGAGGUUUAUGCCUGAUUUUCAAAGGAGAGAAAUGGCAGCAAAAGUGGCCAUGAAAAUGGCUGCCAUGUUCGGUGGCGGCAGUGACAAUGAAGAGGAAAUUAAUGAAUAAAAUAGAUGUCAAUUUUUGGACUCAGUACUUUGAUAUUUAUAGUCUUUAAAUCACAUUAUCUGUGAUUUUGGAUGUUUUAGAUCAGUUCAUUCUUUAUACAGGGUAAAAGAAUGAGCUUUAUCUGUUAAUUUUGCCUUCUUCACCUUUAGUAUAAGAGGUGGUUGAUGUACACCUAAUGCCUGUAGUUUUGUGCUCAAUCGUUUUAAUAUAUUCGUUACUGAAUUUUUUUUCAA